UCUAACCAUAUCCGGUCCGGUUUUGACGUUCGCGUACGACGAAAAAUCGUCGUCGGCUCGAUUCUGAUCGAAAAUUUUGUGGAUUUUCCCCGAAAAAGUUCUGCUUUUGGGAAGAAAAUUGCCAAACACGGUUGGCGGUGGAUCCGUUAGAUCCAGAUACAAUUGAAAUAAACUCAUUGGAGCGGUGUGAAUUAGCGAAGAUUGAAUAGUGUUGAAAGAGGGGCCUCAGAAGAAGCCCUCGGGAAGAUUACCUUUGAAAUUUGAAGCGAAAAGUUUUGCUUCCUGCCUGUGUGGUAUAAGAAAGAAGAGUUCGGAAGAAGCGAAAAAAGUGCCAGCUAUUAUUAGUGCCCGAAGCGCGAAGGAGUGAUAGAGAGGGCUAUAUAGAGGAGUGCGUGUGUGCAUUUUUCUAUCAGGGUAGUGCCGCAGAGGGAAGUUUUCCGGCAAUCGUCAGCAGUAUAUCGAGAGGCUCUUUUCCUGCCUAUAUUUCGUCGUCGCAGUUUUGCCUCUCCAAGGCCGUGUCAGUGGAAAACAGAGGAAGAAUAUAGAAAAAAGGAAAAUUGUGGAUGGUUUCAUCUUUUCCCUGCGUUUCUGACGUGUACCAAAGAAAGUUCUUUUUCCUUCGAUCAAGGGGAGCCUCUGGCAGAGCUCUCCACAUAACAAUCCGAGAAACGGACGGAAACUAGGCAGAAAGUUGCCAUACUUUGGCAGAGAAAAAUCGACAGAUCAUAGACGAGAAAGGGAUUUUAUAAGCAGAUCUACCUGGCCGAAUGAAUCGUCCCGAGAGCAGGCAGAAGUGUUGGCCAGAGUGGCACUAAUUAUGUCGCAGACGGACUGAACAUACUGAAGAUUUUUCUUUUUAGUUACUCUUAUUUUUUUUUUUCGUUCCGAUUACGGCAGUCUGAGAAGAGUGUGUCACCCGUGUGGAAGUACACACACAUACGCACGUAUUUAAGUAACUUCACUUAAGGGCACUACCGUGAGAAAGUGGCCUCCGUCGAAACGUCUACGGAACCCAAAGGCAGCCAGGACCAUGUUGCCCGUUUUGUGUCCAGCGUGUCAUGGAUAAUUCUAAGUCGUAAGAAGCCGCAAGAGUGCUACGAAUUCCUCGAUCUUAGUGACGUUGAUGAUUGUGUGAAAAGCGCGCUGGCUUCAACUCUGUACACACCGGCUUCGGCUGGUGCCGGUGGAGCUGGAGGCUAUAAGGGUACUGUUGGCCGCAAGCAGCACCGCACCAAACGAAGACAGUCGAACGCUUCUUCUGUGAUGUCGUCAUCCGAUGGAUCCGGCGUGUACGAAUUUGUCCCAUACGAGUCCCGGAGAUAUCCUUCCUCCCAGCAUCACCAUCAUCAUCCCCAAACGGUGGCCACAUUCCCAAAUCCGGUGGCACCUGAAUACCAUUAUCAACCCCGUCAUCACUCCACAUAUUCCCAACAGUUCCCGUAUAGUUCCUCAAAUGCCUCUAGCGUCGAUGGUUCCGGAGGUUUCGGUCGUCAUCCGGCGGCAUCGAAACGAACGGCUAACAUCCGCACUCAAGACCAUCAAGCCAAUCCGGGUAGAAACUCACACCACUACAAUUACCAUCACUACCAACAACAACAGCAGCAUCAGCAGCAGCAUUCUUGGUCACCGGUAGCUGUCGCAGCUAGCACUAUUGCUGCUACCACUGGUAUUAUUGCCACCACUACCACUAGUACUUCCUCCUACACACUGCCAAACAGUUCUGUGAACACAAAUCUGGAAGCAACAUACACCGAGUACGGAGAAAGCGAGCAACGACUGAGUUGCUCGGCUCACAGCAGCAGUACCAACAGUAGCAGUAGUUAUCGUGUAGUCAGCGGGAGAAAUUACUCCAGCCGAACAGGCGAAAGAGUAGCUGCUUCGACGCCGGACGGCACGACAACAGCGAUCUCCGAGGCGUCUACGACGACGACUAUGCCGCCACACACAAACAAUCCCCACUAUCCGUCGCAACAACAACAGCAGACACAGCAAGGUCAACCACCUCAAACACAGCAAGGGAACCCUCCACCAAAUAGUCAUAAUGUAGCGGUGAACGUUAGUCGGGGCUCUAGCGAUCAACAGAGUGUUGUUGCUUCCGCUCCUCAACAGAUGUAUCCAUCACAGCAUUACAUGACCGGGGGUCCUCCCGGUAAUGCGAUGUAUCCGAUGCCAGUCAUUCCCCAGCCAAUUCCUGGAAAUGUUUACGUUAGCAACCUUACAGCUAACGUGAACGUACAUGGCUUUGUGCCGCAUGGUAUGCCCCAAUAUGUGACAACAGGUGCAUCUCCAGCGCCUACGGGAGCUUACAUUACUGGUGAAGUUCCUUCUGGACAUGAAAUGCAAAUAAUGACUCCUCGGGGAGAAGCCCGUGGUGGAAUGCGACGCAAUGGUAGAAGUGGUAGAAUUGGACACAAUACUAGACCACGAGGAGGAUUUGUUCCACAUUACAUCGCACAACAGCAAACUGUGAUGCAAUCUAGCCAACCAGCUGGUAUUCAUCAUCAGCAACAACCAGGACAAGUUCAAGGUCAGUUACCUCAACAAGGAGUGCAGCAAUCGCAACAGCAACAAUCACAAAGUCAAAGUCAAAAUCAAUCCCAAAGCCAACCAUCACAACCACCUCAACAGCACACUCCGGACAUGGUGCAACAUUCGAUGUCCAUGGAGCAUCAACCAAUCAUGAGUCCAGCGCAACCAGUUACUUAUGGAGGUUAUGGAGGUUACUAUUUUUAUCCUCCAUUCUACCCCUCGGUAACACCAGGACAUCAUCCUUCGGCGCAACAUGCAGCAGGAGCGCCAAUACUCCAAGUCCCUAUGUAUCAGACCAUGUACAGCUAUUCGCCGAGUGUUGUGUACCAACCAAUGUAUCCAUCCGAGUAUCCUCUAUACGAUGGUAAAGGGGAGGAUCAUAAUCCACAACAACCACCAGAAGAUGGUGUUAUGCAUCAGGAUAUGUGGCAACAACCGACCAUGAUAGAAUACAAUCCGGAGAACGUAGAAUAUAUCCCACCAGAGGAGGAUAUGAACAUGAUGCAACAGGGGCCUCCUACCAUGCAGCCAAUAACUCAUGUGCUUGAUCCAAAUGUUCCUAACUUUACGAUGGGACCUGCAACACCAAUUCAAACUGACGAUUAUGGUCAAAUCACUCCGGCGCCUUCGGAUGACUAUAAUGCAAUUAACAACAAUGCAGUCAUGUCUCCAGCUGCCAAUCUCAUAUCCUCUCCCUCUUCAAAUGCUUCAUCUCUACAUAAUCUAAAUCAAUCUGACAUGUACCUUGUGCCACAACAACCUCAACAAGAACCUCAUCAUCAGCAACAACUACAACAACAGCCACAACACCAAUCGCAUUCUUCACUGAUGGAAUUGCAACAAGAAUCAGAUAUUCAACACGAACAAGAACCAUCACAACCGGUAGAUCAAGAGAAUAACUACAUCAUCGAACAAUCGCCUCAAUCCCAAUACAAUCAACCAAUGUCACCACCACCCCAACAGACCAAUAUUCAUGCUCAAGUCUCAGCACCUGUUGAAAACAGCUUCACAUCGGAUCAACCACAAGGACAUAUUCAGGAACCUACACCAGCACCAAUGCACACAACUAUUGUGCAAGAGACAAUUCAACAAACACCAGCAGCAGCAGUAGCAACAGUAAUAUCACCUACACAAAUUCCAGUACCAUUACCGAUUACUAUAACCCAUGUCCCUCCACCCCAGCUCAACGUACCACCUCCGCCGAUACCGGUUCAAUUCCGGAAUUUAGAAAAACAACACCAACAGCAACAACCACUACAUCAUCAACCAAUCACAAACGAUAGUAACAACAAUUCGAAGAAAAAGACCAACGAGGUCGCGUCGGUGGCGACUCCUGCCACCGUAGCCGUUGACAAGACCAGUGAAAUGUCCACGAAUAGCAGUAAACCAGUGCCAAAUCAGCAAUCACAGCAGCAUCAUCAAUCGCAAUGUUUUGUAAAUAGUAACAAAAGUCAGACUUCAACUGAGGAAGUCGCACGAUUACAAAGGACAGUUCAAGAAAAGCUCGUCUUCAAAGAUGACCGCCGUAACGGUCCGUAUUGGACUAAUCCAGGAUCUCAACCCCCGGCUACAACAAUCUCAUCGUUUACGUCCUCCACAACCACCAUUGUGCAGCAUAACAGUAGUCAGCAGCAGAAAAAGACAACAGCAUCGGUAUCGGUAUCAGCCAUUCCAAAUAAGGAAUACACCAGCAGUAGUAGCACCUCAUCGGGUCCAUCUGUCAUUAGUUCCACUAAGCCUUAUCAGAAAAAUACCUCGCCCGUUCCGUUCACUACUCUUGGAAUAACGUCUGCUCCUCCGUCGAUACAUAAACAACCGUUAGCACCACAGAAGUCCUACAGUUCCUCCGAGCAUCACACGGCGACCCCGGUCAACUCAGGUCCGGUUAUGGAGUCCAAAAAAGUGGAAGCAAUUCCUCAACGUGACAGCCAGAUAAAUACCCCUCUUCCACCGCCAGGUCUUCCGCCAUCUCUUUCGGUGCCACCGCCACAACGUCAGUAUACUCAGGGACAAAUGAUCGUCCAGACGCCCUACGUACCACCACCACCGGCAACGACGGCGGCUGCACCUCAGACCAAGUCCUGGGCCAGUUUGUUCAACCCAUCCUCUUCGUCUGCUACGUCUACUCCAGGACCAACAAGCAGCAUUGUUCAACCGAUUGCUACUUCAGCCCCUGUUGCACCGUCUCUAUUGGCUGCAGGUCCAGCCCUCCCAACGCCAUCUCCCUUCGCGCCAAGUUUCGUCCCUACUCAACAUCGUAGUAGUCAUUCAUCUUCGGCAUCGAAUCAGUCUGCGGACAAAACUACAGCAGCUUCUUCAUCAACAUCGAACAAACCGAUCGCCAAGGUGUCGCCUUUCGAUAAGUCCAAUAACAACAGCAACAGCGGUACUACGGCCAUGUCCUACUCGGCUGCCUCGGCCCAAGGUCUUCCAUCCGCUUCUGCUGGUCAUACGACCUCCGCAAGUGCCUCGGCAGCCAGUACCGCCAGUGCUGGCUCCAAAAACAAGAACAACGCUGCCGCCCAGGCGCAGGCCGCCGCCGCCGCUGCCAAACCCGAACAGAUAGAUGAGAACACUCUCAAGUUAGGAGAAUUCCUAAGCGCGUACCAAAUCGAAAACAACAGCAUUAGCAUCCUUCCCAGAGGACUGAUCAAUCGUUCCAACUACUGCUACAUCAAUGCCAUCCUACAGGCUCUAGUGGCAUGUCCACCGUUCUAUCACCUAAUGCGGGCGAUCCGGUCGCUACCCGCAGCCAGAAACAGUAAACACCAGAAACCGUUCAUUGACGCUAUGUCCGCUCUGGUAGAUGAGUUUUCCACUCUGCAGUUACGCUCCAAGGUACAGCGUGACAAGACGAAGAAAGACGAGACUCCGGAAAUCCAGUGCGAUUCCCCAAUGGAACCGCUGAUGAUCCACAGGAUGCUAAAUCUUCUGCGAUCGGAUAUUUUCCAAGUCGAAGGCCGUCAAGAGGACGCCGAGGAGUUCCUUGGCUGUGUACUGAAUCGGUUGAACGAUGAGAUGAUAGAGUUGAUGAAACUGAGCAAAAACGAAUCCGAUGUCAAUGGGGAUGACGCGGCCAACGGAGAGGUCCACCCCGACGACCAGGAUGAUUGGAAGGUCAUUCGCGGCAACCGGAACAAGGGUACCGUCACCCGCACGACUGACUUUGGCCGAUCACCGAUGAGUGACAUUUUCGGCGGUAAAUUGCGAUCACGUGUCCACCGCGAAGGCGACCACGCAACCGACAAUAUUCAGCCUUUCUUCACGCUGCAGCUUGACAUCGAGAAAGCCACCUCAGUGAAGGAUGCUCUGGACCUACUAGUUGGCAAGGACCAACUAGAAGGCGUGACCUGUUCAAAGACCAAGCAGGAAAUUGCUGCCUGGCAGCAGGUUACCCUGGAAGAGUUACCUAUCGUGAUGAUCCUACAUCUGAAGUGUUUUGACUACAAAAUGGAUGGAUGCACCAAAAUCCUAAAGGCGCUGGAGUUCCCGAUCGAAUUGAAAAUCGAUUCAAAACUGAUGUCCUCGAAGGGCAAAUCGUACACUGCCAAACAGAAGCAGUAUAAGUUGUUCGCGGUGGUAUAUCACGAUGGAAAGGAAGCAUCCAAGGGUCAUUAUAUCACCGACGUUUUCCACGCUGGCUACGGUAGCUGGAUUAGAUACGACGAUAGUACGGUUAAGCCCGUAUCCGAAAACAAUGUGCUGCACCCAAAAUCCCCAAGGGUACCUUAUUUGUUGUACUAUAGACGACUUGAUACGCAUUACCAUGGUUCGGCCGGAGGCGCCGGAGCUACAACGAGUGGCAGUACUGGAACUGGAGGAUCCGGUUAUGGUAGCGGAAGCAGUAGCAGCAACACAACCAGUAGUAGUAACAAUAGCAGCACCGGUGGCAAUAGCAAUUAUAGUUCUAGUGUAAAUACUGGCGGACACUACGGUGGCUCCAAAUAAGAGAAUAAGCAACGUGAAACGGUUAUACAGUUUUAUCGGUUGAAAAAUUCUAUGGUUCUGUCGAAGUGCGAGUGUAAGCGAUAGAACAUUGUACAGUAGAUCGCAACGAAAAGGACGUUUUUAUAUAGUUUAUAGUGUUAACAAUAAGCGCGUGAGUGACAACGAUUGUGUUGGGAUUUUGUGUUGGAACGUUUGUGAUUUUUUGGAUCCUCGGAUAUUUUUGGAUACGGUACAUGUGGACGUUGAAAGCAGCCCGAUAAAAUCGUAUGUGAUCAACGAAAAAAAAACAUCAAACAUAAGGGAUUAACCAUUGGUGUAAAGAAAAAAGGGAGGGGUCGAGUGUUGUUGAAAAAUUUUGUUUAUAAUUCUUAAUAUUCUCACAAAAAACUUUUUAGUUUGUUAAUCUAUUAUUAUUAUUAUUAUCAUUAUAGUAGUGAUAUCCUAUUGUUUGCUUUUUUAUGGGAUUGAGCGAUACUCUCAUUUAAGUUCCUCCUGGUAAAUAGUCCUUCUAUAGUAUAGCAAUAACGAAACAUGUUUCAUACUGAUCCGUACCAGAAGAUACGAGCAUGAAAAGGAAAGGCAUAAUGGUGAAACUGUACCUAUUUUUCAACGUGAAUGUUGGUUUGACUACAGGAAGCUUCGCAGCAUCAUUAUUUUGCUUUGAAACUAAUUUGAUCGGUCAAAGACUAUUGGUUGCGCCUCUAAGCGUUAUGUUAGACUCUUCUGCAACUUCUAAAUGUCGUUGGACGCAAUAAGCGAGAUGAUCAGCCUAUGAAACGAUCGGUCAACUCUCUUAUGGCGUUAGAAAAAAUGUUGAUAUGAGUAACGUGUUUGUUUUUUCCUUGUUAUGCUUUUCAAGCACUAAUUUGUAAUAAAAUAUUAGAUUCGUACACUUAACAAGAACCAAUUCAUACAUUUAAAAACCCUAGAACGCAUAUAAAGAAAGAGAAUGCACCCUUCUUACGGAUUAGAUAGAUAGAUUAUAGAAAGUGGAUGAAAUCCCAGUUAAAAAGCUAGCCAAAUUCGCUCCUGCAGUUGGAUGAUAACUUCCACCAAGUGUAUUGAAAACGAGCCGAACGAGUGAGUUCUGCGAUCAUCCAAUUUUUGCAACAGGAACAGAACAGUAGUUGCGGUCGAGGUAUAGGAUUUAUCCGCAGUCAAGCGAAAACGACCGGAAGCGUGUGUAAUUUACUUUCAUUGAGAAGAUUCCGCGGAGUGUUCGCAGAAUCUUAAGCUGUGUAAAUAGGUGAUUCAGUAACUAACAAAAUAAUGCAACAAAAAGUCUGUAUAUAGAAGAUAGUAAUAGAGUCUGAGGUAAAACAUUGAGUGUAGAUUUAUGUUGAUAAUGCUUAUGAACGGUGUUAAAAUGCAGCGGUCAGAUGUUUCGUAUAUAUUAAUGUUUUGAAUGAUUCGAGGUAAUUCUGGACGAUCGCGGUAGUUGAAAACUGAUUUUGACUAAUCCAGGGAAAGAUUUAGUCGCACUGAAUAGGAGAGAAGACAGCGAUAGAUAGUAUUUGUCUAGUUUUUUUGGAUCGCAAUUUAAAUUACGCACUAAGGCGCACUGCUAAUAUAUAACCACUUAAACAUUCUGGGAAUAUCUCUAGAGUUUUUCGAAUACAUUUUGAAAGAAGCAUGCUAAAUGUGGCAAAAAGGAAACCAAUAUGUGUA